AUGCCAGAAUCAGAGUAUUUCCCAAGGAUCCAAUCAUGCACACGACUGGGAUCCAAUCACCGAAUUUACGACGCCAAAUUCUAUCCAUUUGCCCUUCCCGACAAUGAUCACAUUUUCGCAGCUGUGGCGGAGACUGAUAUGUAUGAUGGCUCACCGGCAUCGUACAAUUCCUUGGUGUGGACGAGAGAUUCCACCACCGGCAAUCCACUGCUCUGUAUGGCCGGAAGUCGUCCCAAGCAGAUCAAAAUUUGUGACGUCGAGUCCGGGCAUAUUGUUCGAGAACUGUCGGGUCACGGUCGAGGAAUCAACGACCUCGCUGUGUCGCCAUUGUCCACAGACUACCUGGCCUCGUGUGCUGAAGAUGGCACCAUUCGCUUAUGGAACCUGUCACCUGAAUAUGCAGAGCAACCGUGUGUUGCCCUUCUCGGUGGAGGAGGUCACAAACAACCGAUCCUAGCGAUUCACUUCCACCCAAACGGCCGUUGGCUUCUCUCAGGUGGUAUCGACACUGCAGUUGCGCUAUGGGCUGUGCCCUCACAAGAGGAGCUCGCAAACCGGCGCAAGACGACCAAAGACCCCUUGAUCGUCUACUAUCCACAUUUCUUCUCCGAGGAGGUCCACUCAAAUUACGUCGACAGUCUGGCCUUCUACGGCGAUCUGAUCAUCUCCCGAGCCGCGAGCGACCCCAAGAUCCGCAAGACAAUCAACGAGAUCCUCAUCUGGAAGAUCGAUGGUUUCGAUUCCGACGACCCGACACCCACGGAACCCGCCAUCCCAAUCGUUGGCAAAAGCACCCUUUCCUCCUUCCCCCACGAGCAGGGCUUCCAUGGAUUCCGCCGCAUCGCGACCCUGUCGAUGCCGAGCACUGAGCGAUUCUACCAACGGUUCGGGCUAUUUCAUAAACCCGGGAAACGGCCCUUGCUCGCCAUGGGCAACCACGUCUCGCGGUUCUACUUUUUCGACCUGCAGAAGCUCGAAGAGGGGACCGACAUCCGCGAGUACGCAAGCAAGUCGAAGCGCGGCGGUUAUCGUGGCGGUAGGAAACAGACCCGACCGACCGCUGCCGGCAUCGCCACCUCCACGACAGCCGCCUCACGGUCAAGCGAGGACGUGAACAUGACAGGAACACCCGAAACCAACACAACCCCUACCGUCCCAGAGCGGAUCCUCGAGCUCGGAGAUCCCUUUCAAAUGCGGAAGCCCGACCACACCGUCACCGCGGACACGAAGCUGAGCGCUCGCAUGCACUUCGGCACCUCGCAGAUCGCGUGGAGCCCCGACGGGACUUGGAUGGUGGGCGUCGGCGAUUACGGGAUGAUGACUAUGUUCCACCGAAGCCAGGCCACGGUGGGGAAAUGA